GAAUUGUGGUAAGAACGAUUGCAAGCGAAUGGGCUGCGUUGCUAAUUGUCAGUAUUUCCAUAUUGAUAUAUUGAACUUCGUUAAAAACCUUAACACUGCAUGUAUGUAUCUUUAUUACACAUGAGUAUAAGCAUAAGCAUGAUAUUGACCCUAAGGUUUUGGUCACUACUGUACUGCGCUUUUGCCGAAAAUAGUUCGCCAGAACUUUCGAUACCCCGCGCGACGCAGUGAAGCUAUAGAGGAGUAAGGUACAGAAUCUACGAGCGAGAGCAACGAUAAAUUCUAGAGUAAUCCACUGGCAGAGACCGCGUGCGGCUGUGUAUUUAUAAAGUGCGCGAAUAUAUAAAGAACGGCACCUGCGCGAAUUUGACAGUAGUAUCGAAAUCCACACCCCGUACGACGUACCGUCGUUGCAAAACUGUGCGACCUACAUUGAGCAACGUUGCGAUUUAGCACGGAUCUCGUCAAUAGCCAAUAAUAAUAAAAUGUCCACUUUACCAGAACUUGUGGUGGCGGAGGUGCCUGGAGGGUCAUGCGCAAGCUGUGGGGCAGCAAAUGCGAAAUUUCAAUGUUCCGGAUGUUCGAACGUUUCGUACUGUUCCGAGGAUCAUAGAGCCGAUCACUGGCAGAAGCACAAGAAUGCUUGCAAAUCGUACAAGAUUCUACACAACGAGGAAGUCGGCAGGUAACAGUACGGUACAGUUAUAAUUUUAUACAUAUUAUCUGAUACUUGAUGUGUAAUACAAAGUUAUACUCGC